AUGGCCAAAAAUCAACCGGGCAAGAAAUCCAAGCUCUACUCGAAGUCCGAGGAGACGCUCGCGCUCGCCGAGAAAAUCAAGCAGAACGCGCUCCGCGCCAAGCUCGCGCAAAACAAGCCCGCAACGGACGGGCCCUCCAUUGCCCCAGAGGCAUCUGAAAUCACGGUCUCCGACAACGGCAGCAAGCGAUUCGAGCACUUCUCGCAGCUCAAGUUGAUUCCCGAAUUGCUCGAGGCCAUCCAGGGCAUGAAGUUCACAAAGCCAACGCCCAUCCAGGCGGAGGCCAUCCCGCAUGCCUUGGAAGGGAAAGACGUGAUCGGGCUUGCCGUGACCGGAUCGGGAAAAACGGCGGCGUUUGCCAUUCCGAUCCUCCAGGCGCUCUGGCACGCGCAGCUUCCAUACUACGGGCUUGUGUUGGCGCCCACGCGUGAGUUGGCGUACCAGAUCAAGGAGACGUUUGACGCAUUGGGGUCUGGAAUGGGCCUCCGCACAUGCUGCAUUGUGGGCGGCAUGGACAUGAUGGACCAGGCCCGAGACUUGAUGCGCAAGCCACACGUGAUUGUGGCCACCCCUGGGCGCAUUGUCGACCACUUGGAGAACACCAAGGGCUUCAGUUUGCGCAACCUCAAGUACUUGGUGAUGGACGAGGCGGACCGGCUCUUGGACCUCGACUUCGGGCCCGAGCUCGACAAGAUCUUGCGCGUGAUUCCGCGCGAGCGGAACACGUAUCUCUUCUCGGCCACCAUGACCAACAAGAUCGAGAAGUUGCAGCGGGCAUCGUUGCAGAACCCGGUGCGCAUUGCCGUGUCGUCCAAGUACGCCACUGCCGAGAACCUCGUGCAGCUGAUGAUGUUGGUGUCGGACGGGUACAAGAACACGUAUCUCAUCCACCUUCUCAACGAGUUCAUGGGCAAGUCCAUCAUCAUCUUCACGCGCACGUGUGCCCACUCGCAGCGCACGGCGUUGCUCGCCCGGAUCCUCGGGUUUUCCGCGGUGCCGCUCCACGGCCACCUCUCGCAGUCCCAGCGGUUGGGCUCCUUGAACAAAUUCAAGGCGGGCAGUGCCAACAUCUUGGUGGCCACGGAUGUCGCGGCCCGAGGCUUGGACAUCCCCUCCGUGGACGUGGUGAUCAACUACGACAUUCCGACCGACUCCAAGGCGUACAUCCACCGUGUCGGGCGGACGGCGCGUGCCGGGCGUUCCGGUAAAUCCAUUUCCUUGGUCACGCAGUACGAUCUUGAGAUGUACUUGCGUAUCGAGUCUGUUUUGGAGAAGAAGCUCCCGAAGGACCCUGCGCCCCCCAAGGACGUGUUGGACGCUUUGUAUGCACACGUGGACCGUGCCACUGCCGAGGCCAUUCGCCAGACCAAGGACUUCCACGACCGUGGCAAGGGCGGCCGCAAGCAGAAGUCCCGGGACGACGCGGAUAGGGAGGAAAAGUAG